AUGGGGGGGGCGCAGCCCCAGACACCUCCCGCGCCCCACAGCCGCUGCUCCGCUUCCCCGACGGGGCGGGCGGUCCUGCGGCGGGGACAGAGAACCGAGCUCCGGGGUCCUUCCCCCUGCCCGGGGGGACCAAGGAAGAGGCGGCGGACCACGUUCAGCCGGGGGCAGCUGUCAGAACUGGAGAGAGCUUUCGCCGCUGUGCCCUAUCCGGACAUCGCCACCCGAGAACGCCUUGCUGAGCUCACGCAGCUGCCUGAGGCCAAGAUCCAGGUCUGGUUCCAGAACCGCCGUGCUCGCAGGAUCCGCAGCGCCAAACCGGAGCCACCACUGUCACCACCACCAGGGGAACAGGAUCCGCCCGUGGUGACCCCCGAAAGCACCAUCCCGGUCCCCACGCUGCCACCAUUGAGAGCCCACAGCCCUGCAUGGGGCCUCCCCACCUCUCUGGGCUCUAUCUCUGACCUUAUCUACAGUGCAGCCAUCACCAAUCUGGGCGAGCCGUAA